CUGCGGCUCGGGUCCGGCAGUUCUGUUCGGACCGGGCCGGGUUCGCAGUUAGAGCUCAGUAGAAUUUUCCUGCUGCGUCGCCCCUGCGACACCGCAUCGUCUCCCGCGCCUCUCGGCGCCCGCCCGCCUGCAGAGCCUCCGGGGUCGUCCUCGCUUCACUCCCGCGCGUCCCGGCCCCUUGGCGACGGCGCGAUGCGGCUGGGCCCGGGGCCUGUGGCACUGGGGCUUCUGCUGCUGCUGAGCGCCGCGGCGGCCCGCGCCGGCCAGGUCGAGGAGCUGCACCGCGCGCCGGGCGAGCACCGCGCCGAAUACGACCGCGAGGCGCUGCUGGGCGGCCAGGAAGACGUCGAUGAGUAUGUUAAACUUGACCACGAAGAGCAGCAGAAAAGACUGCGGUCCAUCAUAAAGAAAAUUGACUCGGACUCCAAUGGUUUUCUCACUGAAAGUGAACUCAGCCAGUGGAUUCAGAAUUCUUUUAAGCAUUAUGCCAUGCAAGAAGCAAAGCAGCAGUUUGUUGAAUAUGACAAAAACAAUGACGGCACCGUGACCUGGGACGAGUACAACAUUCAGAUGUAUGACCGUGUGAUCGACUUUGAUGAGAACACAGCUCUGGAUGAUGCGGAGGAGGAGUCAUUCCGGCAGCUUCAUUUAAAGGACAAGAAGCGAUUUGAGAAAGCGAACCAGGAUGCAGGUUCUGGUUUGAACCUUGAAGAAUUUAUUGCUUUUGAGCACCCCGAAGAAGUAGAUUAUAUGACGGAAUUCGUCAUCCAAGAGGCUUUAGAAGAACACGACAAAGAUGGUGAUGGAUUUGUUAGUUUAGAAGAAUUUCUGGGCGAUUACAGGCGGGAUCCAACUGCAAGUGAAGAUCCUGAGUGGAUACUUGUUGAGAAAGACAGAUUUGUGAAUGAUUAUGACAAAGAUAACGACGGCAGGCUUGACCCACAAGAGCUGUUGUCCUGGGUGGUACCCAAUAACCAGGGCAUUGCGCAAGAGGAGGCUCUUCAUCUCAUUGAUGAAAUGGAUUUAAACGGUGACAAAAAGCUGUCUGAAGAAGAGAUUCUAGAAAACCAGGACUUGUUUCUCACCAGCGAAGCCACGGAUUAUGGCAGACAGCUGCACGACGACUAUUUCUAUCAUGAUGAGCUCUGAUCUCAGCAUGUCUGAGUGGAGGCUGGGAUCCUUUUAUAAUCUGUUGUCCACUUUACUUUUGUGAUAAAAUAUCGAUGUUGUGUUUUACACUCCUAAGUCUUACCACAGUUAAAAGUGAUCUUUAUGUGGGUUAUCAUUUUGGCCUUUUAGAAGAAAAACAAAACCAAAACCUGGUAUUUAUUUCAAAACAUAAUGAAGAAAUAAAAACGUUGCUGUUGUGCCGUAGGACCACGAGUCUUUCCUCAAUACUCCAUCUGUUUAGUACAAUAUUGUGGAAUAUUCGAGUUCCAUUUCCAUACUUGAAAACAUGGAGGAUUUUAGACAUGCCUGAACAAUACUAUUAUUUAAGUAGUGUGUGACUAAGCUAUCAAUUCUUGUUUUGUUCUAAGUAGAUUUAAUUUUGGGAAAUGACAAGAAAGGACAAUGUUUUUAGGUAUAGAAUUUUGUUUUCAGACCUUUAAAGGAACCUUUAGAAGGACUUACACCUCACAUAGUAAUGAUGAGAAGUUCUAGUUAAUUUUAAAAUGGUUUCAUAAAGGGUUUUGUUGUAUGAAAUAGAACUUUAUAUUUUUGCAUAUGUAUAGAUAGUAAUUAUAUUUAAUGUAUAACUAUAGCUUUCCAGUGAGUGGAAUUCAACAUUGUCCAGAACUCUUUUCAUUUUUGACUGAUUAAAAAAUGAACUGUCCUAUCUUCUA